AUGAAACAGCCACUCCAAUGGAUAAACCUGACAUCCCUUGACUUGAAGACCUCCAAGUUCAAGUUCCUGCACUUCCUGCAGCGAAGAAGAAACGGGGCCGACCUCGAAAGCAACAAGCUACUGUGCUGGUUGGCAGUUCCUACCUCUGAGCCUGCAGGGCAGGAUCUACGAGCAGCACCUGCACCUGCUUCAGAGGCUAUUGUGAAUGAACCACAGAGGCCUAAGAUCACGUACUUUCUUGCCAUGUUUCCAGAAGAUCAACUGAGAAAGCCUGAGAAACAGCAGAAAGCCAUCAACACUUUUCUUUGCCUGAGUUCGGACCAGGAGUUUGACACCCUCAAAGCACAAAUCCUUCAGAAAAUCUCCGAGAAACUCAAGCCAAAGACACUGGCUUAUGAAAACUACUCUGUUGAGUGGUAUAUUUCCCGGCUUCAGACUGCUCCACUUGCAUUAUCUUCGGCUGAUGACUACAAAUUCCUUCUUGAGCAUGCACUGAAACAAGAAGCCCUAACUGCAAACAUUGUUAUCCAAGCACUGCCCACAGCAAAGAAGUUAAAGCACAGGAGAGACCAUAAUGAAUCAGGAGAUGAAAACCAGAGCAAUGAUGGUGGCAGUGAGAACAGCAGUAGUGAGGAUGACAAACCAAAGAAGAAAUCGAAGAAGGAUAAAAAGUCAAAAUCUGUUGUUAAGACAAUCUUGAACGAGAAGAUCACAUCAAAGAUUGUUCAGCUACAGAACAGGUGGUUGUGUUCAAAGGCUGGAUGCUCCAGCAACCAUUGUUUCAUUCACCCUGAGCAUCCUGACCACUUUCUGCUUGGACAUAAGCAACUCUUGGUGUGGGCAUCAGCCUGGAACAAGGACAAUGAACUUGCUGACCUUGAAACUCCACCCAACCAUCUGAAAUUCAACUUUAUCCCUGGUCAGAAAUCUGAGGUGUCACCCCUGCUUCAACAUCGUCUAGCUGAGCGUAACCAGCCAAUGACUGGACAUGCUAGCAGCCCCAUCAUCAAUUUCAACAUCCCCCCUGAUCUCCUUGCUCUGUGGCAUCCUCCAGGCGAAAUCUGUGAUGUUCAAAAUGUCAAUAAUGCACCUGCUGCUGCCAUCACAUCGGACCAAGCUUCACUAAUGCCUGUGGGUGCUCAACUUGGCCCUGACCUCUCCCUCAAUGACUUCUGUGCUCAGUAUUCCCUUAGCGAUGAUAUCCAAUCGAAGUUGCAUAAGAAUGGCUAUAUGGGGACUGAUGUGGAAACAACAACCUUGCUGGGUGGCAAGAAAAGGUGCGGAAAGUGUGGGAAAGUGUGGACAAGGUAUAGGGAGGUUAAGGAACGAGGUUUAGAGAGCGAGGGCAAAGGUAUAUUGCAAGGGGGAGGUAUACAGUACGAGGGAAGUGUAGUAUCUGAAGCAUGGGAACACGCGUCCGAUGCGGCCGAUGCGCGGGAAAGUGCAGAUAAGCAGAUGCGCAAAGUGCGGGAAAAGUGGGUUUGGUUUCAGACAGAGGUUACUUGCUGGACAAAUGAUGGACAAUGCCCACUUGCUGCCCAGGGAGGAUCCAAGUGUCACACCGAAACACUCUCUUUCAUCAUUGUUGCAGAGCUGAAGGACAUGGGCUUCAAGUUCAGAGAAGUUGCAGUGAUGAAGGCUGCAGUGUGA